GGGAGACAGCUGUGCUGUAAUACAUAGCACCCAGAUUUAUCCAAAGUCUGCUCCAACAUUCCGCAAAAUACGAGGCCCUCUCUCAAAUCUCCGGUCACCAAACCGGGCAUGGGAACUGAAACCUGACUGCAUAUUGUCCCUUACUUUAUCAGCACAUAGGCCAGUUAUCAAGUGAAGAGGCCUGUACUUAAGAAAUUCUCCAAGCUUUUGUUGUGUCUGUUAAUAUAUUGCACCAGGAAGCUAAGAUAUUGGGUGUGUUUAUUUAGAAUGGAACACGCUGAAGGCCCUGUAAGUGAAAGGGAAUCUUAAAGGAUGCCGGAGCAGAACAAUGGAUUUCUCCUUCUCUUUCAUGCAAGGGAUCAUGGGAAACACAAUUCAGCAACCGCCGCAGCUCAUUGACUCGGCCAACGUCCGGCAGGAUGGGGCCUACGACCCCGGCAGGGGGGAGGGGGGUCCCUCGGCCUACGAGUCUGCCCUGGAGUCCAGCUUCUCCUACCCCUCCGAGGACCUGCCCGGGGUGCCGAACGGUUACCCUCCCGGCGCCGGCCUGUACGAGCCCCAGGCCAAGUACGCCAUGUACUCCCAGUUCCCCAACGGCUCGGCCAACGGCUACGGCGCGAUACGCGGGUACAGUGACCACUGCCUGCUGCCGGGGGAGGGCACGGUGCUGAGGGCGCCCGUCGCCCAGGAGAAACCCCCCUCCCCGCCCCCACUCCACCAGCACCUCCAGCACCACCAGCACCACCAGCACCACCUCUUCCACCAUCCGCUCCUCCACGGCUCUCCGCCUCUCCCUCCUCCUCCGCAGCACCCUCCGUCCCCCGUCCUGCCCCCUCCCCCGACCCUGCUCCUCCCCUUCUGCCCCUCGGCGCCUGCCCCGCCCCCCGCCCCGCCCUCCGUCCUCUCCGGCGCGUCGAAGAAGACCAGCUCCCCGGAGAUCAAGCUGAAGAUCAUCAAGACGUACCACAACGGCCGGGAGCUGUUCGAGUCCUCGCUCUGCGGGGACCUCCUGCAGGAGUUCCAGGCCAGCCAGGCCUCCCGCCGCCGCCACGAGCGCAAGAAGGAGAGGAGGAAAAAGGCCAGAGGGAGCGAGCUGCUGCCGGCCGCACAGAGGCAGGAGGAGGCGCAGGAGCAGGACUGGGGGCAGGGACAGCUACGGCCACAAGGGGGCGCUGCCGCCGAGCCCACGGCUGACCCACAGGAGCAGGGAUGUGAAGGGGCAGGGGUGGGGCCCAAACAGGAACAGGUGGUCCUCAGGAGCCCCAAAGUAGAGCCUGAGGAGCAGAGUAUUCAGAACUAUGACCCCGCGGCCAUGACCAGCCCAAGCCUUUGUGGGGACCGCUUGGUGGGAGACCUGGUUUGGGCCAAGGUGGGGACGUACCCUUGGUGGCCCUGCAUGGUGUCCUGUGAUCCGCAGUGGGACGUCCACACCAGGAUAAACACUCGAGGACACCGGGAGUACCAUGUCCAGUUUUUCGGGAGUGUGGCGGAACGGGCGUGGGUCCAUGAGAAGAGGGUGGUGGAGUACGAGGGGCAGGACCAGUUUGAGCAGCUGCAGACCGAGACCCUGCGCAAGACCACCAACCCUGUGGAGAGACAGAAGCUCCUGAGGCCCAUCCCGCAGCGGGAGCUGGCUCAGUGGGAGGUGGGCGUGGGCCAUGCGGAGGACGCUCACCUGAUGAGCAGGGAGGGCCGGAUCGAGAGCUACACCUUCAUCUACGUGGACCCCGGGGCCAUGCUCCCUACCGGCCCCGCCAAGGGGCGGGCUGCCAGGCCGGCGCGGAGGGCGUCCCGGGGGUCCCGAGGGUCCGGGGGCGGCAAGGGGGACCAACACACGCCCCCACGGAGACAGCAGCCCCGGCGGCAGUGCAGCACCUCCAGUGCCGGGGAACAGGAGCCAGGCCUCGUCUCUCCCAAACGGGAGGAGCAGGAGGAGGAGCAGGAGGAGCAGGAGGAGCACAAGCCCUCUGUCGCCACCUCCCCCUCGCCCCUGGAGCCCCAGCCCCGCCCACAGUCCCCGCCCGUCAAAACCGCCUGGAAGACAGCGGCGGCCCGCAAGCUCCUCCCCCUGUCCAUCACCAUGAAGAGGCUGAACGUGGAGAUCACCAAGUGCGACUGGACCCUGUACCGCGAGAAGGCCCCGGAGAGGGAGGGGAGGCACUCGCCCAAACCCAAGGCCUCGGAGAGGGAGGGGAAGCACUCGCCCAGGAGCUGCAGUGGUAAAGUCGAUGCGGGUGUCAGGGAGCAGGAGAAGCAGGAGAGGGUCGUUUCACCUGGCGGACGGAGGGGUGACCAGAGCUCGGCACAGCACGGAGCGGCCGAGACCGUGUCAGGGGCCGUGGACCGCAAGCCACAGCGCAGGUCGGUACGAACGCGUUCUGAGUCAGAGAAAAUCACGGAUCCUGUACCGAAGAAGAAGGUGAAAAAAGAGCAGGCAGACACUCUCCCACAAGCUGAUCUGAAGACAGGGUCGCAAAAAGGGGCCAGCGAGAUCUCCGACUCCUGCAAACCCCUGAAGAAGAGGAGUCGAGCCUCCACCGACGUCGAGCCGGUCAGCUCGCAGUACCGCGACACGUCCGACUCUGACUCUCGGGGGCUCAGCGACCCGCAGGUGGAGUUUGAGAAGUGUUUGGACAGCCCGGCGGCUGCAGACAUGGAGCUCUCUGACACCCAGUCGUUGGACUCCAACCUGUCGGGUCAGGGCAGCUUCGGGUCCAGAAAGGACACAGUCUGUCAGAUAUGCGAGGCUUUCGGGGAUGACCUGGUGCGUUGUGAGGGCGAGUGUAACAGGCUGUUCCAUUCUGCGUGUCUGGGGCUGGACUGCUCCUCUGGGGAGAACUUCACCUGUACGGAAUGUAAGACAGGUACACACGCCUGCUUCUCCUGCAAGGCGUCGGGCGGUGACAUCAGGAGGUGCGCUGUGGGCGGGUGUGGCCGCUUCUACCACGAGUCCUGCGCCCGCAAGCACACGGGGGCGACCUCCGACCCCAGCGGCCUCCGCUGCCCCCAGCACAGCUGCGCCACCUGCUGUCUGGAGAGAGACAUGCACAAGGCCUGUAAAGGGCGUAUGAUGUGCUGCAUACGGUGUCCGGUGGCGUACCACACAGGAGACGGCUGCGUAGCGGCGGGCAGCGUGGUCCUCUCUCCGCACAUCAUCAUAUGUAGCAGCCACUCCGCCUCCACAAAGAACGGCCCCGCGCCGUCGCCCGUCAACGUGGCCUGGUGUUUCCUGUGCUCCCGAGGGCUGUUAGUGCAGGACCGCACAGACAUCAUAUUACGCUCAUACGCCUAUAAGUCCCACUACCUUCUGACUGACUCCAACGGUGCUGAUCUGAUGAAAUUACCCAUGAUUCCUUCCUCCUCGUCAGCUACCAAAAAGAAUGUUGGGAAAGAGGGAAGACUGCUGUCCUGUGGGGCGUGCCCCGCCUCAUAUCACCCAGAGUGUCUGAACAUUGAGAUGCCGGAGGGGUCGUGGCUCUGUAACGAUUGCAGGGCGGAGAAAAAGCCUCACUACAAGCAGAUCGUCUGGGUCAAACUGGGCAACUACCGGUGGUGGCCAGCUGAAAUCUGUAAUCCCCGCCUGGUCCCCUACAACAUCCAAUCCCUGAAGCAUGACAUCGGGGACUUCCCCGUUUUCUUUUUUGGGUCCCACGACUACUUCUGGAUCAGUGGGGGGCGGGUCUUCCCUUACAUAGAGAAUGACAGGCAUAUUGCCAACGGCCAGAUCGGCAUCAACAAGACCUUCAGAAAGGCUCUGGAAGAGGCUGCUAAGAGGUUCCUGGAGCUGAAGGCACAGAGGGAGAGCAAAGAGGCUCUGGAGCAGGAGCGCCACCACACCCGAAAACCCCCUCCCUACAAGUUCAUCAAGUGUAACAGGCCGGUGGGGAAGGUGCAGAUGUACGUGGCGGACCAGUCGGAGAUCCCGCGCUGUAACUGCAGGCCGACGGACGAGAGCCCGUGUGGGCAGGACUCGGAGUGUCUGAACCGCAUGCUGCAGUACGAGUGCCACCCGGAGGUGUGCCCGGCCGGCGAGCGCUGCCAGAACCAGUGCUUCUCCAAACGCUUGGCCCCCGCCACCGAGGUCAUCCGCACCGAGGGCCGCGGCUGGGGCCUGAAGACCAAGCAGGACGUGAAGAAGGGGGAUUUUGUGAUGGAGUACGUAGGCGAGCUGAUCGAUGCGGAGGAGUGCAGGCAGCGAAUAAAACGCUCUCACGAGAACCACGUGACCAACUUCUACAUGCUGACCCUCACCAAGGACCGGGUGAUUGACGCCGGGCCCAAGGGGAAUUUCUCCCGCUUCAUGAACCACAGCUGCAACCCCAACUGCGAGACGCAGAAGUGGACGGUGAACGGGGACGUGCGGAUCGGCCUUUUCUCCGUGUGCGACAUCGAGGCCGAGGCUGAACUGACCUUUAAUUACAACCUGGACUGCCUGGGUAAUGGCCGGACCAGCUGCCGGUGCGGGGCGGAGAACUGCAGCGGCUUUCUGGGAGUGCAGCCCAAGAGCGCGGUGGUCAUAGAGAAGGAGGAGAAGGCGCGGAACGCCAGGCUGAAGCCAAAGAAGCGCAAGGUGAAGGUGGAGAGCAGGCAGACCCACGACUACUUCUGCUUCUGCUGCAGCGAGGGAGGGGAGCUGGUCAUGUGCGACAAGAAGGACUGCCCCAAAGCCUACCACCUGCUGUGUCUCAACCUGACCAAACCACCCUAUGGGCGCUGGGAGUGUCCGUGGCACCAGUGCAGCGUGUGCCAGCGUCCGGCCUGCUCCUUCUGUGAGUUCUGCCCCAUGUCUUUCUGCCGGGACCACGACAUCGGGGCGCUGGUGCCCUCUGCCCUGGAGGGCCGCCUCUGCUGUCCCAGCCACGAUCCUCAGAGCCCCCUGGACCCCGGGGCCCAGCUGGCCAAGGUCAAGGUCAAAGAGGAGCCUGUGGAGCCUGAGGAAGAGGAGGAUGAGGAAGGAGUGGAGUGAUGGUGCCUCCUGCU